GCGACGCACUCUUUUCGACGACAUCGGAGGCUAGAAAGCGUCAUAUAUUUUUUGUUCUGAUUGUUUUUGUCGACUUUCUCGUUUGUAGAAGCGAUUCUAAAUGCCAAAGAAAGGAAAUACGGUCGGAGAACAAGGACAACCGUAACUCUCCUAGUAUGCUUCAUUAAAGCUCGGCACAGUAUAGCUCUUUGGUUUCCAGCGACGCCGUCCGCUUUGUUUUUCCAGGCCAUUCUUCAAAAUUCGGCGUACUACUUGGAAGAUGGGGUCCAUAAUAAGCAGGCGAAUGGCUGGGGUGGAAGAUAUCGAUAUUCAGGCGAAUUCGGCUUACAGGUAUCCGCCGAAAUCAGGUAACUACUUUGCCAGUCAUUUUUUCAUGGGAGGUGAGAAGUUUGAUACACCGCAUCCAGAAGGUUACCUCUUUGGAGAGAAUAUGGACCUCAAUUUCCUCGGAAAUCGUCCCGUUCAGUUUCCAUAUGUUACUCCAGCCCCGCAUGAGCCAGUCAAGACAUUAAGGAGCUUGGUGAACAUCCGAAAGGACUCUCUUCGUUUGGUCCGCUAUAAAGAUGAUGCAGAGACCCCAACUGAAGAGAAUGGGAGACCCCGGGUCCUGUACAGUGUCGAGUUCACAUUUGAUGCUGACGCUCGUGUGGCUAUAACCAUUUACUGCCAGGCUUCUGAGGAAUUUUCAAAUGGGAUGGCCAUAUAUAAUCCAAAGAAUCCUGCCAUGAUAUCUGAGACUGUACACUACAAGAGAGGUGUGAGCCAGCAGUUUUCCUUGCCUUCCUUCAAGAUUGAUUUUGUUGACUGGAAGGAAGAAGAGCUGAAUUUUGACUUGGACAGAGGAAUCUUCCCAUUGGUCAUUCAGGCUGUGGUUGAUGAAGGUGAUGAAAUCUCCGGCCAUGCUCAUGUUCUUUUGGCAGCCUUCGAAAAACAUGUCGACGGAAGUUUUUCUGUGAAACCUUUAAAGCAGAAACAGAUUGUGGACCGAGUGAGCUAUCUCUUACAGGAGAUUUAUGGAAUAGAGAACAAGAACAACCAGCAGACCAAGCCUUCAGAUGAUGAGAACAGUGACAACAGCAACGAGUGUGUGGUUUGCCUGUCAGAUUUGCGCGACACUCUGAUUCUCCCCUGCCGCCACCUCUGCCUGUGUAACUCCUGUGCUGAUACUCUACGCUACCAGGCAAACAACUGUCCCAUCUGCAGACUGCCCUUCCGAGCGCUCCUGCAAAUCCGUGCUGUCCGCAAGAAGCCUGGAACUCUGUCUCCUGUAUCUUUCAGUCCAGUUUUGGCGCAGACCAUGGACCACGAUGAGCACUCGGGUUCAGACAACAUUCCUCCUGGAUUUGAACCAGUCUCCCUGCUGGAAGCCUUAAAUGGGCUGCGAUCAGUUUCUCCUAGUAUCCCUUCUGCUCCCCUGUACGAAGAAAUUAAUUUCUCUGGUGGUCUGGGGGAUCCUCUGCCCUUGGCAAGACCCUUGGGAGUGGUGGAGAACAGUCUGCAGAAAGGCAAAGUCAGCAAAACUCCAGACAGCACCCUGUGUUCCCCAUCUUCUCCAAUUCAGGAGGAAGAUGAAGAGAAGCUUUCUGUGAUUUCUGAUGCCCUUCCUCACCCACUGAUGCCUAGCAACCCCAACUCCUUGGAGAGCACCCCGGUGGAUGAUACCCUGGAAUCAGUGACCUUAAACAAUGAGGAGCGGUCCCGUUCCAUGGAGGAAAUUCUGCAGGACAGCAGUAGUGAACGCAGCAGCCUGACCAAAACAGAGAGUGACCCACAGGUGGAGAUCUCCCUGCCAGGUGCCUCGGAGUCCACAGAGAGCUUGAAGAGUCAGAGCACAAACAGUUCUAGCCAGCCUCUCCUCUCCCCACCAAGCAGCCUCCACAUUGAGGAUGAACAGCAAACCUUAUGAAGCCAGCGGGCGAGAUGUUCUCAGUGUGCACACGUGUGUGUGUGUCUGUGUGUGUGUGAUAGAGAGAAUACAUCCUUCUCCCCAUCUAUAAAAAAAAAAAAAAAAUUGCAUUUUGUCAGCAAGAUGGUGAGGGGCAACAGCCUGGCUGUCAUCCGCUUGCUGUCUUUCUCCUACAUUCAUGCAGCGCUGCACUUCUGCCUUUGCCUUAUAGUGACGCACACACGGCUUCAGCUUUCUGAAGUGGACCUGAAAUUUUUGGCAGGGUGGACUUAACCCCACCGUCCCACCUCCUCCUCAUCUGGUUAAGAGAAAAGCUGAGGUCUGAAUGUCACUACAGUGUUCUCCAACUUCAAACCCCCCACUGUUUGUUCUGCUUGAUGUUUGUGGCUAAACUUAAAAUGCGUCCUCUUUAGUCCUGUCAAUAGAGUGCCAAUUUCACAGCAAAUGUAGCCGACUACCUAAAUGCUAACUUAUCAUGGA